CUCGUCUCACCCCAUAUGGUCCAGCGGCAGCAUCCACCCGCGCCAGCCGUCAGUCUGAUCGCACCUGUGCUGUCGCGAACACCCGCCCCUUCCUCGGCUCCCGCAUCCUCCGCCCUGAUCUGCGCGGUCACCAUGGACCGCCUGAGCCGCAUGGCCAGCGAGCACGUCUCACCGACACGCUUCAUGCGAUCCUCGUCGUCCAACGCGAAUAAACGAAAGCGACCGCACAGCUGGCACAGCUCGACGCAGACCCUCUGCGUGGCCGGCACCUCCAGUGCGGAUGGCGCAGGCGGAAGAGCCGGCCGACUAAUGGACAGUCCGCGCGCCCUCGACGUCCUGCCGCUGCUGCAGGAGCGGCUGGCUGAACUGCCGGGGGCCAGGGACCGACGCGGAGGGCCGGUCCUAUUCUUCCCGGCCACGCCGAGACGCGAGCGGGCCAAACCGGAGGACUACAGACGCCUGCUGCAGUACCUGCUCAGCAUACCAUGCGAGGAGCAGAGGGAGCUGGGCUUCGCGGUGGUGAUCGACAUGAGGGGCUCCACCUGGAGCACCGUCAAGCCCAUCCUCAAAGUGCUGCAGGAGCACUGUAACGCACUCAUCCACGUAGCAUACAUCAUCAAGCCCGACAACUUCUGGCAGAAGCAACGCACCUCCCUCGCUAGUCACAAGUACAAGUUCGAGACCUGUUUGAUCGGGCUGGAUGCGCUCCCCAAGUCGAUAGACACAUCGCAGUUGACGCUCGACCUCGAUGGCUCUCUUAUAUACGAUCACGCUCACUGGAUCGAGAUGAGACUGGCGCUGGAAGAUUUCCUCUGGCAGGCAGCCGACCUGCUGGACCGUUUGGACGACCUGCAAGAGGAUCUCUCCCGAGGUGACCUGGCUGACGACCUGGCCGGGGCUAAAGCCGCGCUUGACUUGCACAAUGAAAUGAAAAAGAAGAUUUUAAAAGCUCCUGUAGAAGAAGUAGACCUGGUCGGGCAGCGGUUGCUGCAGCGGCUUUCGGGCGAAGGGGGACCAAGUGGUUACGACUCUGGCUACUCGGGGCGGGACUCUGAGGCCAGCUCGGGCACAACCAACCCUGACUUGCAGGCCUGCGUGCCUGACAUCCUGCAGCACCUGGAGGCCGGCAGAACGGCGCAGCAGCAGCUGCUCUCACUGUGGGCUCACAAAAAGGCUCGUCUGGACCAGUGCUUUCAGCUCAGAUUGUUUGAGCAAGACUGCGAUAAGAUGCUGGACUGGAUCUGCCGCAACCGAGAAGUGUUCCUAUCAAACUAUGUCGAGAUUGGUCAUUCGUACCAGUUGGCUCAGCAACUCCAAGAAGAACACAAUCAUUUCACCGCCAACUCCAUGAAUGCCUUUAUAAAUAUAAACCGAGUUCUGGGAGCUGCGAGUCGCCUUCUGGAAACCGGCCACUAUGCUGCGAAUCGGAUCAGGCACGUCGCAGGGAGAUUGGAGAGGGCUUGGAAGGAGUUUGCCGCCGGUCUGGACGAGCGGAACGCGGUUCUGAGUUUGUCGGUUAUGUUCCACCACAAGGCUGAACAGCUGCACGCUAUUUAUGUGGAGAGCACGCCUGCCUGGAGCCAAGCUUGCGAAGUGGGCAACGCACCGAGUGAUAUUUCCGAGUUGGAGGCUGCGAUCCACUCCCACCAAAGUCUCUACGAAGCCAUGUGCCAAGCAUACACUGAGGUUUAUGAGUCCUACCAGAGUUUACUAGAUGGUUUGGACAGAAUGGUGAUUCUGAGGCAUUCUCAACAGUCGCCACCAUUCUGCGCCUGUCAUCACAAAGGUGAGGGUCCUUCCUAUGAAGGCAGCCGAGGUAGCGGUGGUGGAAACCCAGCCGCCGACUACUCUGAGGGUGCCGGCCAUGUUUUAAAUGUGAUACACCAAAUUUUGAACCACCACCGAGCCCUUGAGCAGCGUUGGCACUCAAAUAAAAUCAAACUGCAUCAAAGACUGGCGCUCAGACUGUUUCAAGGCGACGUCAAGCAGGUUCUGGACUGGCUUGACAACCACGGCGAAGUGUUCCUUUGCAAGAACACUGGCAUUGGCCGCUCGUUGGCCAAGGCGCGCGUCUACCAAAAGAGUCACGAGCACUUUGAGCGGGUCGCACAGAACACAUACACGAACGCGGAGAAGUUGUUGACCGCCGCCGAGGAGCUGGCCCAAACCGGCGAGUGCAAAGCGGACGAAAUCUACUCAGUGGCACGUCAGCUGGAAACGAGGGUGGCGAGUUUCGCAGCCCGGGUCGAGGAACGAAGGCACCGACUCGACUUGGCCGUCGCCUUCUACCAAAAGGACAAGGAGUUUUGCGCGUGGCUCGACUCCCUGCGUCAGGCCGUGGCCGCCGGUGAGGAGGAAGUGGCCGCCGAAACACUGGAAGCCGCCGAACGCCUCUUGGAGCAGGGCGACCAGCAGCGAGAGCAAACCCUGGCAGCGUGCAACAGCACCAUCGCCCAUGGCGAGUCGCUCGUCCAGGAGCUCAGGGCCGCCGGCGUCACGCCUGAAAUGGAUGCGACGGGCUCCGUAGCCGCCGUGGAGUCGACGCUGGAGCGGCUCGGCCAGCAGCGCGACGAGCUGGAGCAGUUGUGGUCAACGCGCCGGCUGCGCCUGGACUUGUGUCUGCAACUGCGUCUGUUCGAGCGCGAUGCCCUUGAGGUGUCGUCCCAACUGGAAAUGUGGGCGGAAGAGCUUCAGAGAAGCGAGAGGAGCAUCGACGUGCAGAAGGCCGAGCAGUUGCUGCGGCUCCACAACGAGAGCGUACAGCACAUGCAGAACACCACCUUCCAGGUGCUCCAGCGCGGCCAGGAACUCGCUCAGCUAAUGGAGUCCUCGGGAGUAACGGUGAUGGCGGACGCGCAAUUCCCGGCGCAGACCCGCGUGCAGGUACUGCUCGAAUUUCUGCACGAGAAGGAAAUGGACCUGGAGGACCUGGCGGAGAUGCGCCGCGUCCGACUGGAGCAGGCGCUGCAGCUGGGACAGUUCCAGAGCGACGCCAACCAGGUCGUCAGCUGGAUCAGAAACGGAGAAGCCAUGUUGCAGGCCAGCUUCUCGCUGCCUAGCAACCUGGCCGAAGCCGAGCAGCUGAAGAAAGAGCACGAGCAGUUCCAAGUUGCACUUGAGAAAACACACGCGUCAAUGGCUCAAAUUCGGAUGCGCGCCGAUGCCCUGAUCAGUGCCAACCACUUUGACCCUCCGAGCGUGCGGAACAUCGCCGACGAAGUCACUUCGCGUUGGCAGAAUCUAGUCAGCAUUGCCGAGGAGCGACACCGGCUUGCCCAGGCUGCAGUGCGAUUCUUCAAAACCGCGGAACAUGUCUGCUCUGUGCUGGACAGCCUAGAGAGGGAAUACAGGCGCGACGAUGAUCUCUGUGCUAGUGCGCCGAAUAACGACAAAGUCGCGGGUCUCGCGCAGCUGAUAUCAAAGCACCAGGAAAAGAAGGAAGCAUUCCUCAAAGGCUGCACUCUAGCCAGAAGGAAUGCAGAAACUUUCCUGAAAUGUUCCCAGCGUAGUCUGCAGUUCUACAACACGCAACCGGACGCGAGCUCUAGAAACUCGGAGAAUCAAGUCAAAUCCACACUGGAGAGACUGCUGUCACAAGAGACGAGAGUGCUUGAGCACUGGACUGACAGAAAGAAGCGGCUAGACCAGUGUCAGCAAUAUGUCUUACUAGAGAGGUCUGCUCAGCAAGCGUUGAAAUGGAUUAGAGAAACUGGAGAGCACUAUUUGAGCACUCACACCCAUGUGGGGAACAAUCGCGCUGAAACUGAACAGUUACUCAAAGAGCACAAUGAGUUCAAAGUCACAGCCAAGGAAACCCGGGAAAAAGUGAAGUUGUUCAAGCAGCUGGCGGAGAGUUUGGUGGAGCAGGGCCACUUCCAUGCCAACUCCAUCAAACAGUGGGUUUCGGCGGUAGACAACAGGUACAAGGACUUCAGCGCACGAAUGGACAAGUACAAGUUCCAACUUGAAGGAGCUCUAGGAAUUUUGCCUGAGUCAGAAGCAGAAAAAGCAGACCUCUCUUUAGACAAGGGUUCGGGAGGUUCGGACCCCUCAUUAGAAUCUCGUGUCAAAGAAAUCGCUGCCAAAGAACUCAAGGAACUAAACGAGGAAAAGCGGAAAUCUGCUAGGAGAAAGGAGUUCAUAAUGGCCGAGUUGCUGCAGACUGAGCGGACCUACGUCAAAGAUCUUGAAAUCUGCGUCCGAUGCUUCUUGGACGAGUUGCGAGAGUGCCCAACAGCCGCGCCGAUGGGGAUUCAAGCGAAAGAGGACAUCCUCUUUGGUAACAUGGAGGAAAUCCUUGAAUUCCACCAAAACAUAUUCCUUAGAGAGUUGGAAAAGUACGAAACUAUGCCUGAGGAUGUUGGCCAUUGUUUCGUCACAUGGGCCGCCAAAUUCGACAUGUAUGUCCAAUACUGCCGCAACAAGCCAGAGUCGAACUCGCUCCUAGUCAAUCACGGAGGCUCGUUUUUCGAGGAUCUCCAGAAAAAGCACCACAUCGAACAUCCGAUUGCUGCAUACCUAAUCAAGCCAGUACAGAGAAUAACUAAGUACCAACUGCUGCUAAAAGAUCUCCAGGGAUGCUGUGAUGAGGGUCAAGGCGAGAUAAAGGAUGGUUUGGAGGUGAUGUUAAAUGUGCCAAAGAAAGCCAACGACGCCAUGCACCUGUCCCUGCUGGAAGGGUGUGAUGUUUCAAUUGACAAAUUGGGCGAAGUCAUCCUGCAAGACACUUUCCAGGUGUGGGACCCAAGGCAGUUGAUUCGCAAAGGAAGAGAGCGUCAUCUCUUCCUGUUUGAGUUGUAUCUGCUGUUUAGCAAAGAAGUCAAAGACUCAAACGGACGAGCCAAGUAUAUUUACAAGCACAAAAUCAUGACUUCUGAAGCUGGCGUCACUGAGCACAUUGAAGGCGACGAAUGUAAGUUCGCUGUUUGGACUGGAAGGGCUCCGAUGAUGUCCGAUCAAAGAAUUGUUCUUAAGGCUUCAUCUCUUGAAGCAAAGCAGACAUGGGUGAAGAAACUGCGGGAAGUGAUUCAGGAAACUUUCUUCGGCUCCGUGAUGCCAAUUGGUCUCCCUCGCAGCCCUGCCAGAACGAAGGGCAACAGCCAACGCACGAGCAGGGACAUGGAGGACUCAACCUCGCUGGAGGACAACGAGAGCCAGGAGCGCGGCUCACUUACGUCCUUUGGCUCAGGACACACGACCGACUCGGACAAGGGCCAAGAAAUGACAUGGGUGGUUGCCGACCAUGAGGCGCCGUCCGGCUCAGCCGAGAUCACGGUGCGCAAGGGCCAGCAGGUGGAGGUGCUGGAGGUGCCGGCCGGGCAGGAGCUGUGCUUCGUCCGCCUGCACCCCUUGUCGGCCUCCGAGCACCCUGUCGAGGGAAUGGUGCCGCUUUCAGUGCUCAAGCCAACACCCCAAGGCCUAAGAGGACAAAGAACUCACGAAGAGGGUGCGACUGGAAGCGACUCCACAUCUCAUCAAGCCACCAACUCGCCUGUCAAUAAGAGAAAGGUGUUCGGAGGACGAAAAUGGUUCCAGUACCCCCUGCGGAAGCCGAGCAAAGGCAACUUGCACGACAAGCCAGCAGUGUCGAGUCCAGGACCCAACUCCACCAUUCCAACACACAGCCCUCUUAAGAAGACUUCCUCAGAUAACAGGAUAAAGGUUCCAAGCACAGACAGCGGGCGUCCGAGCAGCACACAAUCGGAAGCAGAGAGUGUAUCCUCGGGCCCGUCGUCAGAACUGAACGGCGCCGAAGACGUGGAGGAAGAGACCGUGGAGCUGCCGCCGCCGAUGAAGCCCAUCUCGGACUCGUUGAUCAGCGGCUCAAGCGCCCUCGGAGGCCCCAACAGCGGCGACGACGCUCAGGCCAAGAGGGCGUCCAGUCUGUCUUUGAAGGCGUUGGACGGCGCGUCAGCAGAUUUGGCCGAGAUCGAGCAGAUUGUCAAGGAGAGAAUGGAGCAGCACACCGAAAACCAGGAGCGGCACAGUCUCCUGUCCAAAGGGUCUAGUCAGUUGGACGAGGCGGACAUGGCCUCGCCACAAGCGGUCGCGGUGGCCGUCAGCGAGGAGGAUGCCGAAGGAGAGGCCGCCUCGAUCGCAACCAAGACUGACCCGCUGCACAAAAGGCAGUAUGUGAUCAAGGAGAUGCUCGACACGGAACGCGUCUACGUAAGGGACCUGAGGGACGUGGUCGAGGGCUACAUCACAUUCAUGCGGUCGCCCCCGCCGACCAACCCUGAGGAGGAGGAGCUGUCCAUGCCGGACGACCUCAAGGCCGGCAAGGACAAAAUGGUGUUCGGCAAUAUCGAGGCCAUCUACGAAUGGCACAGAGACUAUUUCUUGAAAGCUCUGGAGCGCUGUGAAGAAAAGCCCGAGGAGUUGGGCUUGAUUUUUAAGAGAUACGAAAGGAAACUGCACAUGUAUGUUGUGUACUGCCAAAACAAACCCGUCUCAGAAUUUAUAGUGUCAGAAAAAGAAAACUACUUUGAGGAGCUACGUCAAAAAUUAGGUCAUAAGCUACAGUUAGCCGAUCUUUUGAUCAAACCAGUUCAGAGGAUAAUGAAAUACCAACUGAUGCUGAAGGACAUUCUCAAGUACUCGGAGAGGGCGAACGUGUCAGAUGAAGAGCUGCACGCCUUGAGGGCCGCCUUCCACAUCAUGCAAAUCGUGCCCAAAGCCGCCAAUGACAUGAUGGACGUCGGAAGACUGCAGGGAUUUGAGGGCAAAAUCACGUCGCAGGGCAAGCUGCUGAUGCACGGCCCACUGGCCUGCAUGGAGGGAAGCGCCGCCCAAGGCUUCCGCGGCAAAGAGCUGCAAGUGUUCCUGUUUGAGCAAAGCAUGAUUUUCAGCGAGGCUGUCGGCCGCAAAACCCAGUUCACCAAUCCUGUCUACGUCUACAAAGGCCACGUGCAGGUGAACAAGAUGUCUCUGAACGAGCGAAGUGAAGACGGUGAUCAGUGCAAGUUCUUGAUCCAGUCAACGGACCCGAGGAAGCCCAACCUGAUUUACACGUGCCAAGGGGCGACGCCGGCGCUGAGGGACGAGUGGGUGGCGACCGUAAAAGGCAUUCUGCAGACGCAGAAGGACUUCCUGAAGGCGAUUCAGUCGCCAAUCGCGUACCAGAAAGAACUGACAAAGGAUGCCCCUGCAUUUUCUUUUUCUCCCCCACACGGCAUGCCCCCGAGGUCCGCCUCGGAGGACCGGCCGGCGUCGAGUGGCAGGCCGGCGCCCGUCAGCCGCCUCCCGAGGCUCCAGUCGGUGCCGCAGAGCACCAAGCCCGCCGACUCCAGCAAGUCCAGGCUCAACGCGCUCGUCGGCGGCCUCAAAACUCUCACCACCAACACCAACUCCCGCCGCUGGAGUGAAACAGCAGAAACUUGCAACGACGAAUGUGAUAUGCUGCGUCCGCAGAGUUCCCUCCCGCCGUUGAGUCCUAGGCACUCGUCCAUCUCUAGUCCGAACAGUCUGUCGCCCAAUCACUCGUACAAAAACGGAUGCACGCCUCCCAGCUCACCGAGCAAGGCGUGGGCCUUCAAAUUCAGGAAGCCCAGCUUCUCAAAAAACAGCCGGCAAUCCAGCUGCCCCUCGCCGACUUCGCCACUGCUGGAUCUUGAGAACCACUACGAAAUCGUGGAGGAACUCGAGCGCGGAUCCCGGGCUGUCGUGAUGGCCUGCAGGGACAGGAAGACCAGCAGGGAGGCGGUGGCCAAGCUGGUGUGGCGCGAAAAGCAGUCAGAGGCGGCCACCGUCGCAGAAUACCGAAUGCUCAAGCGGCUGGGCCACCCGAGUCUGCCCAAGGCGUUCGGCCUUUACUCCGCCGGUCUUGGCAGAGACGCCAUUGUGAUGGAAAAGGUGAGAGGGUCGGAGCUCUUCAGUUUCGUCUGUGAGAAGGAUAGCUACUGCGAGGGCUCGGUGAGACACUACAUGCUCCAAGCCCUGUCGGCACUGGUUUAUCUUCACACGCAGACCAGAGUCGCACAUUUAGACAUUAAGCCUGAAAACAUCCUGGUGGAGCCAAACAACGCAGGUAUGGGCCGUUUGAUAAUCGUGGACCUGGGCGACGCGCAGGUGAUCGGCGACGACAACGAGGUGUUCGCGAACGGCAACUGCCUGGCGAGCGAGAUGCAGCCGUCAAGCGUGGAGUUCGCGUCUCCAGAGGUGAUCCAGCGUGGCCGGGUGGGCGCUGGAUUCCCCAGCGACAUGUGGAGCGUCGGCGUGCUGCUCUACGCCUUUCUCAGUGGCGUGUCGCCCUUCUUGGACGACUCGCCCGAGGAGACGUCAGCGCACAUCCUCAACGUCGACUUCUGCUACCCGCACGAGUUCUGGGCCGGCGUCUCCGAGCGGGCCAGGAGCCUGAUCGGCCGCCUCCUCACCCUCGAGACGCACAACAGGGCCACCGCCCUCCAGUGCCUCAGCGACCCCUGGCUCUUGCAGAAUGGAGAAGGAUGCAGAAUUCAAAGCGAUAGACUGAGAACGUUGGUUGAACGCCGCAAAAGAUGCAAAAUUAUGCUCUCUCCGUCGUGAGAUCGAUAGAUUGUGAAGCGCGAUCAUUAGUGAUUUUUAAUGAAGACCACGUAAUUGUGUGACUUGUUUACAUGCGCGCAUAUAAAAUUGUUAAUAUUGUACUUUUUUGUCAAAUCUUUGUGAAAUAUGUGUGUAAAUAGUGUAAAUAGAAGCAAAUAAUUUAUAAAAAUAAGUCAAUAAACUGCCAUUAAAUGAGUAAAAUAAAA